GAAAGAAACAUUGCUAUAAUUGAGAAUGCAAGUGAGCCUGUGUCGGAGCUAAGCGUAUACGCACCUGUAUCCUCGUUCCCCAGCAUUAUCAACAAUCCCGUCCUCGCCUCCCACUGUAGCACAUCCUCCACCAAGCCGUCCAACCUCUCCGCAUACCUCCCACUCGACAUGAACCCUAUCCAAUAUUCACCUGUACGCUCUCCUCAACAAAACCGCACUGCACCAUCCGCCCCAACCUCCCCAUCCCCCUCCCACCAACCACUUCCCCUCAACCACCUCAACCUGCAACACUCUCCAGAUCACAUGCCCCCAAACUCUUCCCAUCUGCAGCCCGUUCUAUUUUCGCCCCCCACUGUCUCUCCACGCACAUCACCUCCCUCGUGCGGCCUAUCAAACCCGUCAAACGCGUGUCCUCACAGCCACCACAUAGACUACGAUCGAUCGACACUGUGGCCGUUUUCUAGACGCAUCUUCAUCUCAACCAUGGACAUCUCCACCUCGCUUAGAGCUUCGUUUCAGCCCACGAUGCACAGCAUAAAGGCACUGCGUGACCCCCUCACCCUCCCCUCGCCUACACCCGCAACCGCCGCACCCCUCGCCCGGUACGCGGCCAGCGCAAAAUUCUUCCUCCACUUGCGGGCUUGACUUGAUGCGGGAGGCGUAGACGAGAUGUGUAUGUUGUGGGACGCCCACCAAUCUUUCUCGCGUCCGCAUCUGCAGAGGCGAAGCAUGCUGGGCGGCAUGGCAUGGCUUGGCCGUGGACAGGCCGCUCGGAAGAAUACUGACGUGCUGACUGUGGAAGGACGGUAUGACGCCGCGCUCCAAUUCCCGAGAUGCAAUGCGAGAUUGCGAGAUUGCAAAUUCCACUUUUCGGUGAAGACGAUGGUGGCGGCCUUCAGCUAGAUUACCGGAAGAUGCUUUGCG